GAAGCAGUUCCUCCAAUCAGCGGUUCGGCUGUCAGGCUGAGAAGUCUGACAGUGAUUGUCGAAGUUUUGUUUUUCUUUCUGUUUUGAUUAUUUUAUUUUACUUUCUUUACUUCCUCUAGCUGCUGUAUAAUCCCGAUUUUUUUCCACCACUUCUCGCUAAAUCUGGCAUUCUUUGCUGUGUCCGCUACGCACGGGUUGACUAGCAGCUAGCAUUAGCUGUCCUUUAGCUGCUGUCAGUGGAAACAUGAACAUGCUGGUGAGCAAACUGGAGCUGAAAUGGAUUAUUCUAACCUUCAGACAACCUUGGAUCCCAGCUACGGCAGCCUGCAAGGUGAAUCUGUCCACACUUCCUCCAGAACCCGUCAUCCCGUCUAAGAAGCCUUUCAAAGUGGAGCUCGUUGGUGGAAAGCGUUAUUCAUGGUGCACAUGUGGACACAGCAAGAAGCAGCCUUUCUGCGACGGAGCCCACAAAACCAAAGCCCAGGGCCUGUCGCCGCUUCGCUUCGUCCCCGAGAAAGAUGCUACAGUUUGGCUUUGUGGAUGUAAAUACACCAACAACCCACCUUACUGUGACGGAACGCACAAACAGGACUUCAUUAAAUCUGCUCCACUGCAUGAACCAGUCCAGGCAGACGUCUGCCCUCCCUGAGCCUGGUUCUGCCAGAGGUUUGUUCCCAUCAAAAGGGAGAAAUUCCUCUCCCCUGUCUCCAACAUGCUGCUCACAGUGGAUUCAGUGGACACUGAUGGAUGCAUGGUUUGUUCUUUUUUAACAGUUUGAUACACACACACAGACACACACACACAAACCUUUUUAUACACACACACAAACACACACCUGCUCCAGGGACAACUUAUCAUGGCUGACUCUUCUGAGACUCCCAACUGGGAUAAAAGAAUUUCACAUUAUGUACUUGUUUAUUUUGUUGUAUAGCAUUUCUGACAAAUAAAGGCUGCUUCCACAUCUA